CCGUCUGUAGGGCGGGCGAGAGGCGGCCGCUACGCCGGGCAGCGCGGGCGGGGGGACAGCGGUGACGGAAAGCGGCAGCUGGGGGGGGGACGGCAGUGCCGGGUUGACUCCCUCCCCCCCUUCCCCCUCCCGGCCGGAGGAAGAUGGAACUCCGCUAGUGAGGGCUUGCGGGAGGAGCAGCGGGAGCAGGUAAGACAGUGAAGUCUUUAACUGCUACAGAAGAAGAGGGUCUGGAAAGAAAAUGUCUCUGGCAAAAAAGUAUCAGGCACAUGAUACUGCAGAGAUUCAAAAUCAGAAGUAAAUCAGCUGGACAGUUGCCUCUUGCCUUCCUAAAUAGGCAAACAUAUUAGAAACAGAAGAAGGGGCCUACCUACCUCAUUCCUGGAGAAGGUGGGCUUGCUGGUGUGGAUGCCUGCCUCGUUUGCUUCACCAAAAUGAGUUAGGGCAUGCAGGAGAGAAGGGAGACUUUUGCAAGCAGAACCUAUCAUGAUUUCUCAGGGGACAAAAUUUUGCUUAUUCAUACCUUCUACUGUGGCAAAACCGGAUUAUUUUCCUCACCAAAAACCAGCAGCAUAACACCCAUCCAACAUCUGCCUCAAGGAACUCUUAUUUAAAGUCUAUUUUUAUUUCCCUGUAGCUGUGGUGCAAGCAAGAGCCAGCCAACAUCACCUGCUGCCAACAGAAAAUCUCCUUGCCAGUCCUUACCCUUGGCACAAGGUAAAGUUGCAACUGAGCCUGUGAGGAGGAAUCAACAGGAAAAAUCCAAUUCAUGCUCAAAGAUGGAGACCUUUUAGCCAGCCAGUGAAUCCAGCUGCUGCUGCAUGUCUGGCAGCACCUCUGAAUGAUCACAUGACUCUUGAUAUGGAUGCAGUCCUGUCAGACUUUGUUCGGUCCACAGGGGCAGAACCAGGUCUGGCAAGAGACUUACUAGAAGGCAAGAACUGGGACCUGACAGCAGCUUUGAAUGACUAUGAGCAGCUGCGGCAGGUGCACACGGCCAACCUGCCCCAGGUGUUCAACGAGGGCAGGUUUUACAAGCAGCAGGAGCCAGAACAGCCUCCCCAGGUGACCAAGGCUGAGAGACCCUGCCUGCAAAGGCAGGAUGACAUCGCCCAAGAAAAGCGUCUUUCCAGAGGAAUUUCCCAUGCCAGCUCAGCCAUAGUCUCCCUUGCUCGCUCACAUGUAGCAAACGACUGCAGCAAUGAGCAGUUCCCUUUGGAGAUGCCUAUCUACACAUUCCAGCUGCCAGACCUGAGCGUGUACAGCGAGGACUUCAGGAGCUUCAUCGAACGGGACUUAAUCGAGCAGGCCACCAUGGUUGCACUGGAGCAAGCAGGACGCCUCAACUGGUGGUCCACAGUGUGCACAAGCUGCAAGCGCUUACUGCCCCUGGCAACAACGGGUGAUGGAAACUGCCUCCUGCAUGCUGCCUCUCUAGGGAUGUGGGGAUUUCACGACCGGGACCUUGUGUUACGGAAAGCCCUCUAUACUAUGAUGAGAAGUGGAGCUGAAAGGGAAGCACUGAAAAGAAGAUGGAGAUGGCAACAGACUCAGCAGAAUAAGGAGUCAGGUUUGGUAUACACGGAAGAGGAGUGGGAGCGCGAGUGGAACGAGCUGCUCAAGCUGGCGUCGAGCGAGCCGCGCACGCAUUUCAGCAAGAACGGGGGCACUGGUGGGGGAGUGGACAAUGCAGAAGAUCCAGUGUAUGAGAGCUUGGAAGAAUUCCAUGUUUUUGUCUUAGCCCAUAUCUUGAGAAGACCAAUUGUUGUAGUAGCAGACACGAUGUUACGAGACUCAGGGGGAGAAGCAUUUGCACCAAUACCGUUUGGAGGAAUUUAUUUGCCACUUGAAGUUCUGCCAAACAGAUGCCAUUGCUCACCUCUUGUGCUGGCCUAUGAUCAGGCCCAUUUCUCUGCUCUUGUCUCCAUGGAACAAAAAGACCAACAGAGAGAACAAGCGGUGAUCCCACUGACUGACUCUGAACACAAGUUACUGCCUUUGCACUUUGCGGUCGAUCCUGGGAAAGACUGGGAGUGGGGAAAAGAUGACAAUGAUAACACCAGACUGGCCAAUUUGAUUCUGUCUCUUGAGGCAAAGCUUAAUCUUCUGCACAGCUACAUGAAUGUAACCUGGAUCCGCAUCCCAUCUGAGACACGGCAGGCCCCUUUGGCUCAACCAGAAUCCCCUACAGCUUCCGCUGGAGAAGACGUGCAGUCUCUGGCUGACUCAAUGGACUCAGACCGAGAUUCCAUCUGUAGUAAUUCCAAUGGCAAUAACGGCAAAAACGGUAAAGAAAAAGAAAAGGACAAACAAAGGAAAGAUAAAGACAAAACCAGGACGGAUUCAGUUGCCAAUAAAAUAGGAAGCCUCAGUAAAACCCUGGGAAUUAAACUGAAAAAGAACAUGGGUGGUCUUGGAGGUCUGGUGCACGGGAAGAUGAGCAGAGCCAAUUCAGGGAAUGGGAAAAACGGUGACACAGUAGAGAAGGUCAAAGAGAAGAAGUCCAAGUCUCGCAAAGGGAGCAAAGAGGAAUCUGGACAGUCUGCAAGCACAUCUCCCUCUGAAAAGACCACUCCAUCUCCGACUGACAGAGCCAGCAGCUCCCCCACUGAAAAGGUGAACACUAAACCUUUCUCUGACAAGCAGGCUGACCCAUGGAAAUACAGCACAGACGUGAAACUCAGCCUAAAUAUUUUGAGAGCUGCCAUGCAGGGUGAACGAAAGUUUAUUUUUGCUGGCCUUCUCUUGACCAGUCACAGGCAUCAGUUCCACGAGGAGAUGAUCGGCUAUUACCUGACCAGUGCCCAGGAGCGCUUCAAUGCAGAACAGGAGCAGAAAAGGAAGGAAGCUGAGAAAAAGGCUGCGCUGAAUGGCUCCUCUGGUAGGAAACUGGAGCCAGAAGCAUUUUCAAAAGAAAAAUUAGAACCAUCUCCUCAGGAUAGGGCAUCACCCGUCUUGCCUCAAAGCCAUACAACUCAACUGGUUUUAAAAUUUAAAGACCGCACUAGUCCCACUCCCGGCUCCUUUUCUUCACCCAGCAACGGUGCCAAGAGAAGCGGCCCCAUCCCUGUGUCUGCCCACUAUAGCCAUACUCCCCCCGUUCAAAGGCAAAGUGUCAUCCAUUUGCAUGACGUCAACUCCAAGCCAUCGAGCUUCCAGGACGAUACCUACAAGCCAGUGGUUGGCACCCUGAAAACCUGUGCCACCUACCCCCAGCAGAACAGAUCCCUGUCCUCGCAGAGCUACAGCCCCGCGCGCCUGCCCGGGAUGCGCACGGUGAACACGGUGGAGUCGCUGAGCUACGCCAGGCCGGCCGAACACAAGUCCCAGACCUACACGAACGGCUUCAACACCGGGGACAUCAGAGACUGCUUAGAGUACGCUGAUGAGGAUGCUCCUCAGACCUGGCUGAACAAUGACAAAAACCAAGGCAGAAGCACAGUUUGCCCAAUAUAUUCCAUCCAGCAGAACCGCUGUAAGAAGGAGAACUGUUCCUUUUAUGGUCGUCCUGAGACUGAAAAUUACUGUUCCUACUGCUACAAAGAGGAGUUAAAGCGCAGGGAGAGGGACAGCAAGGGACACAGGCAUUGAGGAUUCUUCCAUGACUACUUAGUUUUACCAUUUUCUUACUUACAAAGUAAACAGUGUUGGAUUGCAGUAAAAUGAAUCCUUAAAAAAAGAAUAAAGGAUUGAUGAGUAAAUAGUGUCUAGCUCUUCGCUUUUCCAGGGCAUUGAGGAAAUAAUAGGAAUAAGUUAUCAUAAAAAAAUAUAUUAUUUUCCAUUUUUGUCAGUGUCUUUUUUACAUAUACUGGUAAGCUGAAGGGUUGUUUACUCCUUUGUCAGUGCUGUGUAUAUGUUUGGUCAAAAAUUUACUAAUGGUGCCUGAAUUUACACUGACAUCACUCAGGUAGUAGAAUGCUAGGUGAAAGUCAUACUAGUGAAGAUGUGGUGUUGUAGUAGGGUAGUAUCUGCCUUGCAGACAUUUGAAAUGAUAUAGCUAUUAUUGAGAAUAUUUUUUCCUCAGUAAAACCUAAAUUUUUCAUAGUCUUUUUUUUCAGGAGGGUAGUGAUUUUUGCAUACUGCAUAUUUUUAACAUGGCAGCAUAUUGCAUUGCUACUAACAUUUGUAUAUUUCAGUCUGGAAUUGAAUGAUUCUGGAAAAAUGGGAGUGAAAGGUCUGAAUUCAUGAGGGCUGUAGCUCAUCCUAAUUUUAAGUUCUUACCAAUUAUUUCUAAAUUUUCAUUUAAAAAAAAAAAGUAGGUUUGAGCCACUUUUAUUUGCACUGAGUUUUUAAACAGGUUUUAUAAGAAAAUUCAAUAUGACUCCAUGUCCCCAAGCCCCCCCACAGUAUAGUUUUGCACACCUGAAUUUCAGAAGAAUUUUUGUUGAUGUUAAAAUGCAGAGAAAUAUUACAAUAAAAUAAAGAUUUAAAAAAAUUAUUAGAUAUGGAAAAUUUGAUGACCAGCUAGGAAAUGUAGGAUCAUUUUAGACUCAAACUGCUUGCCAAAGCCAAUGUAAUCCAUCAAUUUAUUCCUUUAGCUAGUGCAAAAAACUAAUCAUUAUUUACUUAUUCCUUCUGAACAUUAUUGAGUGAUAAUUAUUGCAAAUGUAACUACUUGAGCCUUUCUUGAAGACUGUUGGCUCCACCUCAUUUCAAGUCUUCUCCUAGAGUGAGUCAUCUCCUCCCCAGGAGGCUCCCAGAUGGCUGGAAAAUGCCUCCAGCAGGAAUGGCAGCUCCUAGCACAGAUUUGCACAAGUCUGAGAUCCAAAUAUUUACGUAAGUGUUUGCAAUACUUUUGAAAAUAAAACUUUGCUCACAGAAGCAUUUCUGCAAAGCAGACACCGCAGAUACUGCUGAAGUAGAUGGAUGACACGAGGAGGUUUUCUGGGAUACAGCAGGGGGUUUGCACCCUGCCACCAUCAGCUGCCAGAGUGCAGUAACAGGAGCUCUUUGGUGUUGUUACCCUUGAAAACAGAGGCUCAUUUUAAGAGCUAAUUUUGCAUAACAGGUGAAGUGCUACCUUCAGGGCUGCUGACUGCCACCUCAAGGUGCAGACCGGGAGUUCUGCCUUCCUCAUUAGGGAAUAACAUUUUUCUGGCCCACACAGGAAAGAUUCUUUGCCAAAGAGUCUUGGUUUCUGAUUAUUUUCCUGCUGCAGCCCAAUUUUAAUUCUUGACAUGGGCGGCACCGUUGCAUACAGUUAAUCCUGACUGACCCUGAAACCAAGCCUAAAGUCCCCUGUGAAACAAGAUGCACAAACUUCCGCUGCCAUGUCCUGGCUUUCGGAAAAAGCACGUGAGUUUUUUCCAGAAUUGGUAGAACUGAGCACAUACUUAAAAUUUUCCAUAUUUUUAGAUUUUCUGCUAAAUGAGAGGUUUCAAAAUAAGUCCCUUGGUCAUUUAUAAAGUUAGGGUCUUUGCCAUGUUAGCUGUUCCAUGAAUCCAGACCUGUACUUCGUAUUCCUUGCUGUAUACUGAGCAUACACUGAACCUUACUGAACUUGCAUUCCUUCAUGGAAGGGAAAUGUUGGUAUUUGUUAGAGCUCGGUGUGACUUCUGUCCUUAAGGUAAGCACCUUCCAAAUCCCGUGUUUCCUGUUGCAUACACUGGUAAGCAGUGUCCUGUUUGGCUUUGCUGUUGUGAUUAUUACAUUUAAGUUCUAAUUGUCAAAGAAAACUGGGAUUGCAAAUAGUGCUAAAGUGAGCCAGACCAUGUUAAAAGAAAUGAAAUAUUAUACUUGAUUGUAUUUGCUGCUGAGACUGAGAAAACUGGCAGGAUAAAACUUCAAGAAAAAACUGAAAUAUUUAAGAAUUCUUAGGGCAUUAGAGUAGCAGUAGUGUGUGAUUCUCUAAGAAUCAUUUCUGUGUAAAGUUGUGCUUAAGAAAUAUUGCAUUAGCAUCAAACCACACAAGCCCUUGCAUUUAAGUGAGUUACAUCCUUUCCAAAUGAGGAAGAAAGCAGUACAUAUGUAAAAAUAAGUAAUUACUGUGAGAUUUUGCUGUUUCCCAUUUUCAUAGGAUUUGUUUCCAUAGUAUGUUUUAAGAUCUUCUCAUAAAAGAAAGAGGUUUACAGUUGGUCAGCAUUUAGGUAAAUUACUCUGUUCUGAAUUAUUGAGUACAUUGUACUUGUGCAUUAGAUUAUUUUGAAAAAUUAAUUUGCCUUGUCUGUAUAGGAUCCCAAACCUGAGUGUUCAUUAUCAUCCUCGGGACACUCAGAUAUUGCCAUAAAUAUUUACCUAUACAGGAUUCCUCACUUUAAAAUACCUGUUGUAUGAAAUACUGACAGAACCCUUUUUAGUUGUGCCUAUUUCCUUAGAAUCUUUUUGUUGGCAUAUCUUUGAAUAAUUGUCUAAUUACUGUUUUCAUUUAGAAUUCUCUUCAAACAUUCUUUCUAUUUCUGGGCUAUUUGUGGCAGCUGUGCCAUUGCUGUCAUUAAUCAGACCAAACAUGCAGAAAGUGUGUCCCCUCCUGAAGUGUUCCAUUAAAAUAAGACUGUAGCUAUAGAAGAAAACUUUCUACCUAUUUUUUUAGAGAGAAUUCCCAACUGCUUGUGGGUUGCAUUCACCAGUACUGGAAGACAUUGUGCCAUUCCUUAGCUGGAGGUAAUUACCUUCAUAUUUAUUUUUCUGUUGUACUGUGUGUUAACCUCUGAGUGCUCCUUUGGGUUAUUUUUCCUGACACUUGGAAUUGGUGUUUGCAGGCCAGCCAGCUCUGUGCCUAAUGUGUUCUCUCUACACCUCCAGAGCUGUAGUGUUCCCACACAGUCCCAGAUGUGGAGAAAUCAGCUUUGCUUUGGAGGGAUCCCACUCCUUGCUUCUGUUAGCCCGAGUGGCUGCAAUGCGCACACACGUUUUUGCAUUUGUGUGUGCUUUUUUCCCCCUCUCCUGUUGAUAGUGAUUCAACAUCUGUCACUGUAGUCCAGAUUUCAGAAGUACAGAGUAAAUUCUGGGUAGGCUACACCUUCCCAGAAUGGAUCCAAAAUCACCAGGAGAUAUUUAGGUUGGCGGAAGCUGCAAUUCUUUUAAAGUGUGAAUGUGCAAUUUUUCUAAUUUAAAAAAGGCUUAAACCUAUUAUGCAAUUUUUUUUUUUACCUUGUUCUAAACUCUGCUGCAAAGGUCAGUUUGUAACAGAGGAUACCUGUGAUACAUAAUGGGUUUCAGUCAUGCUUUAUAUUAAAGUUUCAUUUUAAAUGAUUUAUACAGAGUUAAUAAACCACUAAUUGUUAGAGUUUACAAAUAUAUUUUCAGAGGUGGGUAUCAGUUGUAGCAUAUAGCUAACAAGAAGCUCAUUCAGAAGAAGGUUUUGUAGAUUAUCAAAAGUAACUAAAGAUUUUGGAUUUUAAACCAAUUGCUGAACCUUUUGUUCUAUAAGUGCAAUGGCAGUAUUGUCCCAGCUUUCUUUAGCAAUUAGUUGCUUCUUCCUAAAUCAAAGGCAACAUGAGGAGCAUCAGUAAAAGAAAGAUGCUGUACUUGAAAAGUUUUGUGUUGCCUGUGUCCUAAGAAGUGUAAGCAGGCCAAGUGGAGCGUUCAGUGGUGUUUGUGGAGCUGAGAGCUGAGGUGUGAGCAGUGGAGCGUGGCCCAGAGUGCGCUGAGGACGCACAGGACCUGUGUCCACGCGGCUGCACGUGCAGGGCAUCUGCUCGGGUGAUGAACGUGUAGAUAUCAAAUCAUGCACAGCAGCACAGAGCUGACAAAAUACUGCCCUCCACCUCCCCAGUUCUGAAACAGCUCCACUGGUGCUCACCUUCACCCAUGUGAAUGGUCUCCCUGACAGCCAGGAGACCGCCUACCUUCAGAAACUUUCAGCAAAUGUUAAAGAACAAGUGCUUUUGAUCAAGGCCUGAGCCUUUGGCAGUGCCUGUUCCCCACAGGCUGCCUACUUAUUCUUCCAAGGAGACAAUGGAUGAGAAUUCUGCCUGAGGAGUAAAGAGAAGCCUUGGGCCUCUUUGGGCUUCAUUUGCUGUCUUUUGCAGUGUGUGGACAGAAUCCCAUCAGUAGUGGGGGGGUCUUAAAUCAGGUGCUCCAUUGACAUGUAAAACAUUGCAAACUGAGCAGGAAAGUAAAGUACAAGCUAGUAAGGGAGUAAGGUCUUAGUAACACUGUGAGUGUUUUGCACAGGUGAGAACCCAUAUGUUCAUAGAAACCACAAUGAUCUCAGAUAAACAUAAGUCCAGAGAAGCAAAAUAACUGAUGCUGAUUGUAGAUGGCUUUUCAGCUUAGUGUAUUUUAAGUCUCUGUCAGUGUAUUUGAAGAGUAUUUGUUUUAGGGAAUGGCAGCUUAUACAGAGGAUCACCAAACUAUAGCAUAGAAAUGAAAUUAUUUCAAUAACAGACACUAAUAUCUAUUUUAAUUUGCACAUAGAUUUCCAGUGUAUAUGACUAAAAUAUUAUAUUGUUAAAAAUGAGAGGAAGACAACACAAAGGUGUUUGUAAGUAUGUUCUAUUUGUAGACUUAAGGCUGUAUUAUGUUGGAAUUUUACAAGCCAAGUUUAAAUUGUAAUAUAGAAAUUAUUUUUAUAUUAUUUUCAAAAUACGCUACAGAGCAAUAUUUUGCGCCUUUAUUAUAAACAGGGUCAUCAUUUUAGUAGGUUACUUUCAGAAAUGCUGGUAGAAAUUAACCAUGAAAAGAAAGCUUUGUAAAUGUACUUGUUUCUAACUGCUCUGUCUGUUGUGCACAUCUGUAUCUAAUGUGAGUUGAAUAUACAAAUUUUUUUUAAUUGAGAAGCUUUAAAUUUUUCUUUAUAUAUUUUGGUACAACACUGUUCCUCUCUAUUUAGUUCUUCUCUUCCAGUCCUUAUCAAUGGCCACUUUUAUAAGCAGCUUCUGAAUAAACAUGCAUCUGGAAACUUUCCUUACCAAAUGAAACAUUUCUGCACAGAUAUUGAUUGACUUGGGACUUUCAUAAUACACCCUGAAUCCAUUGGAGUAGGAUUAAUCUGCUUUUUUUUUAAAAAAAAUAAUCAGCUACUUAUUAUUCCUUCAGAAUGAAAAUAUAGACUGAAUAAUCCAUGCAAUCAUUUAGCAUCUGGAGGAAACAGUCGCUCUAGAUCAUAGAAACUUCAUCCCUAAUUGGCAGAUACAUCCUCUUAAUAUGUAUCAAAUAUUCAUUAGCUUCUUGCAGAUUGAAGUGUUCAGAUUUUAUUUCUUCAUAGUUCUUUGUACUGUACAUAUCAAUUACUGAUGAACUGUGCAAAAAACCCAACAUCACAAACCAAUGCAUAUGUUAAAUUAGAAGUCUGUGUAGUUUUUAAAAUUCCCUACCUUUUGUGGUUUAGUUUGUUGGGAUUUGUUUGUUUAAGAAUUACUAAUAAGGUAUUUACUGCAACCAAAAUUAUCAAAUCUGGAUGCUUGAUGAUCGUGCACCUGGGUGUCUCCUGAUCAAUAGACUGGUUUUAGGGUGUACUGAGCAUCACUUUGUGUGGGAAGAAAAAUUCCCUCUUGGUUUCAGAAAAUCAAUUGAGUGUUACUCCAACACAUAUUCAGAUCUUUUCCUUAUAAACACUCUGCACUUCUUUUCAGUCAAUGGAAUUUACAUUUUAUCUUUUGUGAUCUUCCAUGUGUGAGCAAAUAAUUUGGCUUAUUCAUAAAGUGAUUGUUUGAAUAUUGAGAGACUUGCCUUGUAACACCAUAUAAUUGUUUAACUGUUGCACUCUUAAUGGGGCUCUUGUAUUCCACUGUUGGGGUGGGGAGAUAAGACCUUAUUUUUUCCUUGGGUGUUGUGAUCCUGUUAUUUGUCUGGUUGGGUUAUUUCUCUGAAAUGAAUAUCCUGUUCUGAUUGUUGUUUUCCGAUGGUUUAUCUCCCAUUACCUGAAUGCCUGUACUGUACCAAGAGAAUUGAAAUGGCUGAUGCACAUUUGCACUGUGGAACAGGCCAUGUGGGUAAAAGCCACCGUGUUCCAAACAGCCUUAAAAUUAUGACUCUCUGGGGACUGAGAGUCACUUAACUGGAUGCAGCCUCUGUCCUACUUCCUCAUUUAACCAUGACUGUAAAACACUCAAGCCUGCUGUAGUCUGUAUGUCUCUGGACAUACUCAUCUGAAUACCCUGUAAUCUUAACAGAAAAUUUCCUUUAAAAAGUUGUGAUUUGUUGAUGAGCGCUACUGUAUCAGGAAACCUUAGUCAAAAGAGGAGAUGGAGUAAAACCAGAGAAAUUAUCAUAGCUAGUGAAGUAACCAGGGCACCAAAAUACUAAAAAGGGGGGAAAUAGUUAAGAUGUAUCAAAACCAAUUUCCUGUCAAGACUGUAUGUUUUGUAGAUCUUCCUGUAUUCUAGGAAAACAGAGAAAUGUUUUUGCCAUUCAUCUCUGUGUUGAAUGGAGCCUCUUACUUUGUUGCAGAGGUUUGCUGUUGGGGAAGAGGAAUAAAAUGAAAUUCUCUUCCCUUUUUAAAGCAAAUUCUAGUGUCAGAGCCAUCUGAGAUUGCAAAAAUAUGAUCCAAUGUUGGAACUAAACAGUGCCUAACUCCCAUGUACAUUGUGUAUUUCAUUUAUUCCAUUUUGCCCCUUUCAAACAUCAUCUUUAGAAAAAGGAGGGGGAAGUUUACAGACUAAACUUGUAAGUUAAUGAUCCAAUUCUUCCUUCUUUCACAUAUGGAAUCUAUAUAAACAUGCAAAGAGUUACACUGGAAUUGCACUUCCCCUGCUGAGAGGUAAAAGCCACCUUUCUAGGUAAAUUCCAUGUAAUUGCUUUGCCACAGAGUAAAAUUAGAAUCCCUUGGGACAGAACCUUUGCCUGAUGAAGCCUGACAGUAUAUCAGGAGCCUGAGAGCCAUAGCUGCCAUAGCCAAAACAGCAAGUCUUGAUCGUUCUUGCCUUUAACACAGAUGCAGUUCAUUCUGAACAGUAUCUUUGUAGUAAAGAUGAAGUGGAACACUGCCUUGCUGCCAUUUACUUCCAGGUCUGAGUAACAAAAAGCCUCUUCCCCAUGCUUUUUGGUUAAAAUAUGCAGGAGAUGCAGCAGCAGACAGGCUCAGAGAAUGCCCCACAUCUCCUUCAAAUGGGCUUUGCAGUCAGGUAUGAAUUGAAACACAGCCAUGUGGGCGUGAUGGAAGUGCUGUUGUCUCUCAACUUUGCAAACUUUUAAUACUAACAAAAUUAAUGGUUUUAUUGUUUAUUUGCUCAAGAUUCUGAGUACUGUAAAUACAGUCUUUGUAUAAUGCACAGUGUGUGUACGGUACAGAAAUGCUUUUCCCUCAGAGCCGUCGGAGAGCUUUGCAUGCACCUGGUGCCCAACUCUGCCCACUCUCCAUAGCUGAGGAGAACAAACAGGAUUUAGGCCUAGACUACACAAUGGAUGAAAUUAGCCACAUGGACCCGAACAGCUGCAAGUUCCCAGCCAUGGUGUUCUAGGCCAGCUUUGUACAAAACUCCAUCCCAAUGAUUGAGAUUAGGUUUGUGCUCUGCCCUGGGGAGGAGCAAUUACUUCUGUGUCUUUUCCAGGCCCACUGCUCUUAGUCUCUAACUCCUGUGUUUGCAAUGUGCCAGGCUUAGCAUGAAUCAGCUAGGACACAGUUUUUAAAAUCUCCAUAGAGCUCUUGUUUUGUUUUUGGAAUCCAUCUCGAGUUUUACUUUGCAUUCAAUUUUAAGACAUAAAAUAUUGUUUUGAACUUUUCAUAAUGCCUUGACGUUGUCUCUUGUGGGGCUGAAAGACUUUGUUCUCCUUGGGAGGCCUUGUUCUCCCGCAUUGAUUCUUGUGACUAACAUUUUUUUAUGGAAAAAGUUGAAUGAGCCAUUGAAAGUAGCACUGCUGUUUACAUUUACUUCUGCCAUUUGGUAACUUCGUGUUGUUAAAACCCAAUGCCUCUCAGACAUGGGCAAAGCUUGAAGGACAGUCUGAAGAAUUAGAUACAAUAGAUACAAAAGGUGUGUGUAGUUAAUUCAUCAUAACUCUACUGUUGCUAUUGUAUAAUAUGUCCUCCCCCAAUUGUUUGUACAUCUUUUUUCCUAUUGCUAACAUUGGUUUUUUAUCUUCUACUUUCUUAGACAAAUUCUAAAGCUCUUUGUCCUUAAAGCCUGCACUAGAUUUUCCAAUAAAGAAAAUUUGGUUUUGUCAGUUCAGGUUGCAUAUAGAGUGGCUUGUCUCCCCAGCAAGAACUAAAGUAACAGAUGUCACACCCUUGGCUUAGAGAAGUCUAUUUACUAAUUAACUGUGAGUCUCUGUUAAUUAUAACCAAAGCUAAUUAUAUAAAGUUUAAAAUGUCAGGACUGGUAAUGUGACUCUAUCUAACAACCCAGCAAACUCAGCAUUUUUAACCCAUAGAAAUGUACAAUAAAUGUAUCUGUACUUGAAGUAGUAGUUGGCUCUCGCUGGAGCUUAAGAAAAUGUUAAUAAGGAAUCAAGUAAGUCUCAUUGAUUUUGGUUGGCUGAGAAUUCAACUUCUUCGUAGUCUUACCACUCUUCUCAUUUUUCAGAGUCUGAGUUUCUUGUUGCCUUCUAUAAGUUUAUACUCUUUUAGCAUAUAUUGAUUUAGGUUUUCAAUAAACUAUGUAAUGGAAACUACAGAGAUAUAUUUAAAGCUAAAAUUACUUUUCAGGUUUCUUGUUUGAUCAUUUUCAUGCAAAAAGGAAUGAAUUUAUCUUUUCCCAUUUCCCCUUCUGUUUAUAAUUUCAGAACACAAUUGGUUGCAGUCACCUUUGUCUGCAAAAGAAAACAGUUGAUAAUUUUUAAGCUGACUGCCAUAUUGUUUAAAUCCACUGUUCAAAAGAAACAGGAGCAUUAAAUAAUGUUAAAGAAUAAGGAAUAUUUCUUGUUGUGAAAAAUGUGAGUUCUUGAGAACCUUUUCUACAUGCAGUUUUCAUUCAAAUUAAAUGUCAUUUUUAAUCUGAUCCAUACUUUGACAAAGAUGAUGUGUAAGAGCUGUUUUUAGCAGUUGGAUUGUUACUUUGUAAAGUAUUAAAGCACUAAACCAAUUUUUGCAAUAGGUAGUAAAACUUGCUUUUGUUUUGAAAAACUUCCAGUUAUAACUGUCGCACUUUUUAUAGCAGAAUUGUAUUUAAUUUCUUUCUUUUAUGAAAGAUUACUCAAAGUAACUGAUAGCUCUGUAAUCUGUGUGAAUUGGCUUCUCCAUUAUUUGAACCUGAGAGAAGCUACAAUGCCU